AUGAUCUUCUCUGCCCGUAAACUACAGAAGUGUCAGGAGAUGCGGACCAACCUCUACUCUAACUUUGUGGAUCUGACGAAAGCCUUUGACACGGUGAAUCGUGACGGACUGUGGGAAACCAUGCAGAAAUUAGACUGUUCCGAGCGAUUCAUUCGGAUGUUGUGUCAGCUCCACGAUGCCAUGAUGGCGCGCGUCUCAGAGGCAUUUACGGUGACCAAUGGAGUGAAGCAGGGAUGCACCCUUGCGCCCAUUCUCUUCGGUCUCAUGUUCUCUUCCAUGCUGAUGGACGCCUACCAUGACGAACGCCCGGGGAUCCGCCUCGCCUACAAGACGGACGGUAAACUCUUUAAUCAGCGGCGGAUGCACUUCCAGUGGCGUGUGUCCGCAACUUCCGUCCAUGAACUUCACUUUGCCAACGACUGCGCUCUCAACGCUACCUCUGGAAUGGACAUGGAAGGGAGCACGGACCUCUUCGCCGAGGCCUGCGACAACUUCGGCUCAGUCAUCAACACUGAAAAGACAGUGGUUAUGCAUCAACUGCCACCCAACCUUGCCUACACCGCACCCCAAACCAACAUGAACUGCGCCCAAUUGCCAUCUGAGGGCACCUUCACCUAUCUGGACAGCACCUUUUUUUGCAGUACGAAAAUCAAUGAUGAAGUAGCUCGUCGGGCUUCCAAAGCCAGCGAAGCCUUCGGCCGUCUGCAAAACGUCGUCUGGAAUCGACAUGGCCUCCACUUCAGCAGCAAACUGAAGAUGUACAAAGCGGUCAUCCUGCCAACACUGCUAUAUGGAACGGAGAACUGGAUGGACACGAAGACUCAGCCACUCCCACGUCAGUUGUCUUCGUCGAAUACUGAAGCUGAGGUGGUAAGACCGGACCCCGGACAUAGACUCACUGGAACGGACAGGAAUCCACAGGAUCCAAGUCAUAAUGAGACAAUUGCUUUUGCGCUGGAGCGGCCACCUCGUACGAAUGGACGACGAGCGGCUACCUAAACCAGUCUUCUAUGAAGAUGCCGCCACGGGUUAGAUCCGGCGCUAUAAGGACACUGUGAAGACUUCCUUGAAGCGUCUGCGGAGUAACCCCGCCAAAUGGGAAGAUAUAGCCUAGAACCGAUCUGCCCGGAGGAGGACAGUGAAGACAGGGGCAACAGUCUACGAAACAAACCGUGUCGCCGCCGCCAAAGCCAAACGUGAAGUUCGCAAAUCUCAAUUGCCCACACCUCGUGGCGCCGACGCUCAACCGUUCCCGAUAUUUCCACGAUGUCAUCGAACGUUCCAGGCACUAAUUGCUCUUAUCGGACAUCUUCCUACCAACUGCAGCAACCCGACGACAUCACAAGAUGUCCCCACUCACCUCUGCCUCGUUUCCCACGUCGGCAAUCAACCCUAACCGCGUUCCUGAUCUGCGUUGCUUUCCUCCACUGCUCUUGCCCCCACCACUGCUGUACACAAUCCUGUCGCACCGUCAAACAUCAACCUCACCGUCCCCAACACCAGGAUGUGGACUCGGUCAAACCUGUCCUAGUUGCGAUCGUACCCUCACCUUUCACAUCGGUCUGGUCGGGCACUCGGGAAAUUAUCGAACAGAGACUGGUGAAGCAGUUCCUGGAGCACCCAUCUACACUCAUCGCAUCCGCGAUGUGCGGGAGCACAUCCACUGACCGCAUGAGCCUACUAGGUCACAUGUGUACCCACGAGAGCGGAACUGAUCGCAGUAUCGGAAUCUCUAGCACAUCUUUCACAUCCACCGUGCCUAGCCCACUCAACAUCCCCUGGCCUAACGAUCCCACCACCGGCAACUCCAUUAACACCACCGCCGAAAUCGACAACGACACUGCCAAUCUCUCUUGCCCACCCUGUCUCCGCACAUUCACCUCAUCCAUUGGCCUUGUCGGCCACUUGCGAAUCCAAUGCACAGAGACUGGCGAACCAGUUCCUGGAGCACCAACCUACACUCACCGCGUCCGCCUCCACUGCUCUCACUUUCCUCGUAUAUUCAGCCACCCCAUGAAUAUAUUAGGCCACAUGCGCAUUGACGAAAACCUGCGGUAG